AUGAACGCUACGGAACCUCAGCCUGUUUCCAAACAACUUGAGGCGGAAGAAAAUGAUGUCUUGCGAGAGUAUUUAGAUCUUUCAAAUCCGCGUGUUGUCGAUCGACUUGUGGGUUUCUAUCGAGACUGUAUAACACAACAUCCAGUCGAUCAUUUGGAUAACAAUAAGGCACUACGUGAGGAACUCAAAGUACAUGGUGCAAAUCGUGUGCAUUUGGUCGGCUAUUCGUACGAUGGGGUGGGUAUCGGUGAUGCGGUGAAUAGUUCGCUGAAAGCUGUCUGUACGGAGUGA